CUUUGCAUUGCAUUCAUAUCUAUAAAAAGUAAAAAACCAUUUAUAACUCUUGCCAUAACCAAAAGAAAAAAUGGGUGUGGACACGAUGAGAUCAGGCUAUGAUAGAACCAGUGAACUAAAAGCUUUCGACGAAACAAAGGCCGGAGUUAAGGGACUUGUUGACGCUGGAGUAACCAAAGUCCCUCGCAUGUUCUAUCAACCACAAGAUGUCUCGGACAACAAUUCAUCGUCUGGUAAUGAAGAUUUAGUAGUCCAACCGAGUAUUCCUAUCAUAGAUCUUGAAGCGCUUGAUAAAGACCCGAUUCGACGCAAGGAGAUAGUUGAUGAAGUUCGAGGUGCAUCCGAGACUUGGGGGUUCUUUCAAAUGGUGAAUCAUGGGAUUCCUGUGAGUGUUUUGGAGGAGAUGAAGGAUGGGAUUAAGAGGUUUUUCGAGCAAGAUAUUGAAGUCAAGAAACAAUACUUCGGUCGUGAUACUACAGCAAAAAAGGCAGUGUACAACAGCAACUUUGAUCUUUAUAGCGCGCCAGCGGCCAAUUGGAGGGACAGUAUCUUCUACUCUAUGGCUCCUUAUCCUCCAAACCCAGAGGAGCUUCCCGUCGUUUGUAGAGACAUAGUCGUGGAAUACUCGAAGAAAGUAACGAAAUUGGGUUACUUAUUGUUCGAAUUGUUAUCGGAAGCUCUUGGAUUAAACACAAACCAUUUAAAGGACAUGGAUUGCGCAGCCGGACUGUCCGUUGUGGGCCACUACUAUCCGGCUUGUCCAGAGCCAGAAUUGACCAUCGGCACAACCAAACAUUCCGACAAUGACUUCCUCACGGUGCUCCUGCAAGACCACAUUGGUGGCCUCCAAAUACUUCAUCAUAAUCACUGGAUUGACGUACAACCCUUACCUGGUGCACUAAUUGUCAAUCUUGGAGAUCUUCUGCAGCUGAUAUCCAACGACAAGUUUGUAAGCGUGGAGCAUAGGGUCCUGGCGAACAGGGUCGGGCCAAGAAUAUCAAUAGCUUGCUUAUUUGGGACACAUCUUAAGCCAUUCCCCAGACUUUAUGGUCCAAUUAAGGAGUUAUUGUCAGGAGACCAUCCUCCAAAAUACAGAGAAACCACUGCUAGGGAGUAUGCACAACAUUACUAUGCCAAGGGCCUUGAUGGGUCUUCUGCAUUGCUGCAUUUCAAGCUCUAACUUUAUGGUAGAAAAAGUUGUACUGUUGUGCUUAUGAUUUUACGAACCUAUAAGAGAAGAAAAUAAGUCCGGCGCACAUUGAAACAAUUUCAUUUCCCUUUUAUAUCUAGUUUUGGCUGGAUGCUGAAGCUGUUUAAGUACUCUGUGGUAUUAUUAUUUUGAGUGGAAAAUAAUUAUGAACUGAA